AUGAUAACACCGACAGAAGCCAUAGCUAUUGGAAGAACUUUUGCAUCUAUGAAGGACUAUCAACUCGAUGGAAACAGAGAAAUGGUUGCAUUAGGAACAAUGAACGUUGUUGGUUCGAUGACUUCAUGUUAUGUGGCAACCGGUUCUUUCUCUCGGUCGACGGUAAACUACAUGGUUGGCUGCCAAACUGUGGUAUCUAAUAUUGUGAUGUCUGUGGUUGUUUUUCUAAUGCUGCAAUUCCUAACUCUGCCUUUUAAGUACACUCCAAAUGUAAUUCUUGCUGCCAUCAUCAUUUUCGCUGUCAUCAGCCUUGUGGACUAUCAGGCAGCAAUUUUGAUCUGGAAGAUCGAUAAAUUCGAUUUCAUUGCUUGCGUGGAGCAUUCUUUGGAGUUGUUUUUGUUUCAGUUGAGAUAG